AUGCAGAAGAGGAUGGGCGAGGCGGUGGCCCGGGUGGCCAGGAAGGUGAACGAUACGGUGGAGAACAAAACGGAUUCCCUUGAUCUGGCCAACUGCAAGCUGAUGACCUUCCCCGUCGGCAUCUACAAAGCCAUGAGGAGCGUCACCGCGGGGAUCCACCACAUCUCCCUGGCGAACAACGAGCUGAAGUCCCUCAGCAGCCGCUUCGUCACCACCUUCAGCCAGCUGAGAGAGCUCAACCUGGCAGGCAACUACCUGCACCGCCUGCCCGAGGAGGUCACCUCCCUGCUGCACCUCCGGGCCAUCAACCUCUCCCGCAACAGGUUUCGGCAUUUCCCCGAGCCCCUGGCCGCCGUCGCUGCCCUGGAGACCAUCGACCUGGAAGAGAACGAGAUCACAG